CCUCGCUUCAAUAAAUGCUUUAAAAAUUGGGCACACAAACCAGAAGUAAUAAACGAUAUCAAAUCAAGAUGGAAAAUGCGUUACUUAUCUUAUGAGCUAUUAGAGAUUUUAAAGGUUCCGGUCAAAUUAUAUCCUCCACAGACUUCAGAAGACUUUCGUGCGUUAUUUGAUGAUUUGGAAGAAACGGAAGAACAGGAAGAACAGACUUAA